AUGUAUUUUCCAUUGAUAAUCAAUCGUAUAAUUUACCUUCAAUUAUCUGAUGAUGAAGAUACACCAUAUCAAUGUGCUCAUUUUCAAUCCACUUAUCUUACAAUAGAAAAGAUAUCUUGUUUACGAAAAUUUUCCUCAUCGUUGGAUACUUAUGAAGAAGAUGAUCUUCCUCUUGUUCAUACAUUUAAAUCAUUAGCUCAAAAUUUAUCAAUUACAAAACUCGUUCGAUCAUCAAUAUGUUCACAACGUCUAAUGAUUAAUUUAUUUCAAUUAUUACCUAAUUUAGAUUUGAACCUUGGUUGCUCAAUUAAUGAUCAAACGAAUAAAGGAAAAGUUGAUCAAUAUAUUGCUACAUAUCGUACACCGUUUCGGAUAGAACAUCAUCAAUGGUUUAUUCAAUGUCAUUGGAGACAAUGGAUAGAUGAUCUUUCGAUUCGUAUUUAUUCAUUACUGUAUGUAUUUGAUGAUUUUCCUCUGUUCCGCAACAAUUUAAACUAUCAUACAAAAUCAACUUGUCCAGCUGAUAUAUAUUUUUCUUAUGAUUCUGUUGAUAAGAUCAGAUAUGAACUUUCGCUGUUCAAUGAAGAAUCAUUAUCUAAUAUCAAACUCAACAACAUUGAAAUAUUAAGUCUUAAACUUUCAACUGAUCAUCGUUUUUUUUCAGUUAUUCCCAUGUUUGAAAAUUUAUUUUCGCUUAAUGUAGUUAUUCCAACGGAAAUCUAUCAAUUGCAAUUGCAAGCAUUACUUGAUCAUGUAUCCCAUCUGUUCUCACUCGGAUUUGAAUCUUGGAACACUUCGGCAAUACCACCAUAUCAAUAUACAAGUUCAUCAGUACGUCGACUUGAUUUAGAAGGUCGUGAUCGAUCUGAUCGUCGCCAUCGUUUUAAUUGUAAAGAAUGA